CUGUCUGUAUAUUCUUAAAAUCUAGAAAGCCCAGUUAAAACAAUCCAUACUGUUCCCCAAAGUCUGUACAAGUAGUCUACAAGAAUGUAGACUACUGCAUUAGCAGUACUAUUUUAUAUAGUUGACUCAUUAUCUAAUCAAGUAAACUAGGAACAUGAGUGUAUGAUGUCAAUGACUUACAUUAGAGGAAACAAUGUAAUAUGUUGCUUCUUCAUCUCCCCCCCCUUGCACAAUGUCACAGUAUUAUGAGUCAGUGUGACACUGAUAAAAUGCAGGCAGGCAAUGUACUCUCUCAUUAAAUCUUGAGGGUGAAAUUAUAACAAAAGUUUUAUUCACAUUUAAAAAUUAUAUUUUUUCCACGUUAUAUAAUGUUGGUAACUUUUUAUCUGAUAAUAUAACUUCAAUAAAAUCUUGUUUUCAGUUGGUAUUUUGAAAUGGUCACAGAGAAUACAUUAUGAUUGGUAUCAAAUUUAAUGAAUGUAACUCUGGUAAUUUACAGAGUAUUCGAUAGGUUAUUAGAUUUAUAUGAACAAUAUCUGCUGUGCCUCUAGUAGGCUUUCAAAAAAUUUAAAAGCAUUUUCAUUCUAUUCUUGUUGCUGUUGUUGCUCAUACGUUAACCUCACUGAAUCUUCUAAGUUUAUUAAAACGAUAUCAGAGAGGAUUUCUAAUUACGUAUUCUGAUGGUUUAGAGCAAAUGACAUUACAUCUUGGAACCUGUCUGGAAUAACACGCACUAUUCAACAACACAACAGCUUUUAGUCCUCUCCAAAGGACAUGGUAAUGAGAAUUUAAAAGCCGCUCACAUGAGAUAUAGUUGAUAUUUUUUAUAUCCGAGUUGUUGUUUAUCAGUCUAGUGCUCUACCAACUGAGCCAUCUUGUGUCUUAAAAUUAAGCACUUAAGCUAUUUACAUAAUAACUGAUUAGAAAAAAAGCAAGCAAGGAAGCUGCUAUGAAACCACUAAGUACUAGAGACAAGAUACUUAAGUGAUGAGUACUCAUAACUAAUCAGCAUGGAAAUGAUUGUUUUUCCAGUGGGUAGUAACACAGCGAGUGACGUCAGCAACUAAGAAAAGAGGAUUUCCCUAUCCUAGCCUCCAAUUAGGAGGAAAUCAAGAAAAUUAUAUAUUUUUGAUGGUCCAACAACACUUCAGCUUGCAGAAAACAAAAGUCAACAGCCACGGGUAUGACUGGGGCAGAUAGAACGUCAUAGUGACGUCUGCUGACUCUGUUCCAAUUGUUUCCAGCCCUUUCUGGUUUCUUUGAAGAAUGUGUGUCAUGCGUCUUAUCUGUCUGCACUGUUCGUAUUACUUGAACUGAAUAUCUCUUCUCUUUGUUUUUAUCGUUUCAGAAGACAUCUUACGCAGGAUGGGACAAGUCUGAUCACAGUGAAUACCACUUUGGAUACAUUUGCUUCUUUAGUCUGGCAUGACUUAAAAUGUUCCAGUUGCUUUCAAAGAUGUUGCCUACAACCUUUGUGAAAAGUAAACCAACUUCUGUAUAGGCUGCCAGUUACUGAGAAUACAGGUUACAACACCUUAUCAAGGAUCCAGUGAAUGGAAACAACUAUCAAGGAAAUAAUGUUCACACAUGGAAUUUUUAGUUCUAAACAGAUGAUCUGUGAUAUUGUUUAGCAAGAUACUUGAAAACAAGAUGGAUAAUGCAACAAAUUCCCCCACCAUCAGAUCGCCUCAUGGGUUAACAUCAAAUGACACAUCUUCAGUCAUAACAGUGGAUAGCAUAGCGAACACAACGAAUCAGGUCUUCAGUGAUUGGGUAGUGAACUUCGCUGAUGCACUGAAGGGCAAUACUACCCUGACAUUCCCCAAUGACAAUCAAGUGGAAGAAGCCAAUACUUACUGGAUUUCAAACGCAUUCAACCCUUCCACUCCUGGGCUUUCAACAGAUGGAACACUGGUGAACAAUUCAAGUACACCGGGUGUGGACAAUGAAAUGCCACACUGGGCAACGAUACUGGCCCUUCUUAUGAUGAUAGUGACGUGUCUCUUGAUUAUCGUUGGUAACGUGAUAGUGCUGAUUGUAUUCCACUACACGCCAUCACUGAACAAUGCAUCAGGAAUCUUCAUCAAGUCGCUGGCUUGCGCAGACCUGGGAGUGGGAAUAUGCUGCUCGUUUUCCAUCCACUCGUGGUUCCUUCAGGAGUGGCCUUACGGAGAUGCAAGUUGUGCAAUAACUGGCUACACUCUGGCAGUAGCUGUAGGGGUUUCUAUCAUAGGACUGGCCUGCCUUAGCAUUGACCGCUACAUAGCAAUCACCAGACCAUUGAAAUACUUCACCAUCCUGACCAAGACAAGGGCGAGGAUCAUAGUGAUAGCAGUAUGGUUGAUCAGUGCUGGGAUAUUCCUUCCAUCCAUGUUUGGAUGGGGUACCUUCCAUUACAAUGACCAUAGCUACGAGUGCUCCCUUCACUGGGAGGAGAAUGUUGCCUUCUCAUUCUUCAUCAUCGCUGUUCUAGUCGUGCCUGCUUUGGUCAUCUCAACCUUCUGCUACGUUCACAUCCUCAAGGUCAGCUUCGUACAAACCCAGCAAAUUGAACGCACCGGAAUGAUGUUCAAAUCGCCCAACCAACGGGAAAGUACUAGAUCCAGCUAUGAACGUCUCCUAGCAAAGAUAUUCCUUGUGAUCAUCAGUGCUUUCUAUGUCACUUGGCUACCCUUCGUGGUGACCAAGACUCUCAGGGGUCUUGUAGACAUUCACAUUCCACCAGCAGCCAUGUUCUUUUUCUCCUGGCUAGGCAUCGUGAACAGUUUCCUUAACUGCAUCGUCUACAGCAUCGGUCAUCAAUCAUUCCGAGAUGGAUUUGUAGUCAUGAUACGAAAAAGCCGUAGGAGAGCCUCAACUUACUCCUCUUGCUUCUUUACCUCAAACAGUCGCAAAAAGCAUCACAAAAAGUUGAAGAAGAAAAAUGGACAUCUUUAUUCCAAUGGAAAGGAACGAUUCAUUGAUGUGCGUCCAAUACCAAUUCCCAUUAAAGAAAGCUCCUUAUAAGAAUCACUGCUACUCAAGAUGGGUUUCUGUAUUAUCUGCUAUGAAAUAUACAUACUUCAAAAUUCACAUACGUACUCAUAUCAAAUGGUACUCAAUGUCUGCAAACAUAAUACCAUGCAUUCAAUUCAGCCCAUUGCUGGUAUAUAUAUAUUUGUUGUGUAUAUUCUGUACUACGCAUUAAAGUAAUCUUGGGUAUCUGACAGUUAAGAUGUUACGCAUGUAUAAUGAAAAAUAAAGUAUGUAUUUUGAUGUACAUGUAAAAAUUAUAAAAAAUGGUUUUAAGAUUUAACAAAUAUCUAUAACUAUCUUGAGAUUGUGUGUUAAAAUUUCAAUAUACCUCAUUUUUCAUAGAAAGGGAAUACAUAUGAAGGAGAAUAUUUCUUCUCCCAUCACCUAAUAUUCUAUUUUUUCAACCUUUUUCGAUCGGUAUUCCUGCUUUAGUGAAGAAUUGACGACCCACAAGCUUUGCUUUCUGAUUUUCCAGUAAAAAUACAAAGAUUUCAUAAGGUCAAAAUAAAUUUGGUCCACAAUCGGCAAGAACUGUUCAUUUUUUUAUAUAACUUAUUGUAUGUAAACAAAAUUCUAAUGUACAUGGAUCAAAAUGAAUGAUGAAAGCAAACUUUAAACUAAAAGAUGCCAAUUCGCACUUUUAAACAGUGAUUUUUUUGUUUUCACUGCAUUGCCAAUUUAGAUCAUUUACUGAUUACAUAAUUGGUAUGAAAGGCGUAGGAACACCACCAAACACUCCACUGGAAAUACUAACAUCAAAUUUGUCAGUACAUCUUGUCUUUCUAAAUCAUAUUCCAUUCGUGAUUUAUAGAAUUUAAGAUAAAUGAAAAUUGAAAAAGUGUCCAAUAAAGGAGUGCUGUAACUCUAAGGCAUGAAUUCACAAAGGUGGUUUUGAAAACCAUGGGUUGAACCCAUGGUUUAUGCAGAUUUCCUGUAUAAAUUACA